AUGUUUGGUGUCUACCGAGUUUUCGUGUUGCUGGUUUUUGUUAGUCAGACUUGCAAUGGGUUUUACCUGCCUGGGAGUUAUAUGCACACAUAUUCAAAUGGUGACUCUAUCUAUGCCAAAGUUAAUUCCUUGACGUCUAUAGAAACCGAGCUUCCUUUCAGUUACUAUAGUCUUCCUUACUGCCCACCGCUCGAGGGUAUUAAGAAAAGCGCUGAGAAUCUUGGGGAGCUUCUCAUGGGGGAUCAGAUUGAUAACUCUGCUUAUAGGUUUCGGAUGAACACGAAUGAGUCUCUGUACCUCUGCAUCACCAGUCCUCUGAAUGAGCAUGAGGUCAAGCUCUUGAAACAGAGAACGCGCGAGUUGUACCAAGUGAAUAUGAUUCUUGAUAACUUGCCAGCUUUGAGGUUCGCGAAGCAAAAUGGGGUUACUAUCCAGUGGACUGGAUAUCCUGUUGGGUAUUCACCACCCAACAGCAAUGAUGAUUACAUCAUUAAUCACCUGAAGUUUAAGGUCUUGGUACAUGAGUAUGAAGGCAAUGUCAUGGAGGUUAUUGGCACUGGUGAAGAAGGUAUGGGUGUGAUCUCUGAAGCUGAUAAAAAGAAGGCCCUGGGCUAUGAGAUUGUUGGAUUUGAGGUUGUUCCCUGUAGUGUGAAGUAUGAUCCUGCAAAAAUGACGAAGCUUCACAUGUAUGACCCUGUUCCUUCAGUGAACUGUCCUUUGGAGCUCGACAAAGCUCAGAUCAUAAAAGAACGUGAACGAAUAACCUUCACUUAUGAAGUUGAAUUCGUGAGGAGUGAGACCAGGUGGCCUUCUAGAUGGGAUGCCUAUUUGAAAAUGGAAGGUGCUCGUGUGCAUUGGUUCUCUAUUUUGAAUUCGCUUAUGGUGAUCUUCUUUCUCGCGGGUAUAGUUUUCGUCAUAUUCCUCAGGACAGUGAGAAGGGAUUUGACAAAGUACGAGGAACUGGACAAGGAGGCGCAGGCACAGAUGAAUGAGGAGCUGUCUGGAUGGAAACUUGUUGUCGGAGAUGUGUUCAGAGAACCAGAAUUAUCAAAGCUUUUAUGCAUUAUGGUGGGAGACGGGGUUCGGAUUACAGGAAUGGCUGUUGUCACUAUUGUUUUCGCAGCUCUUGGAUUCAUGUCGCCUGCUUCAAGAGGAAUGUUACUAACCGGGAUGAUUAUUCUCUAUCUUUUCUUGGGUAUUGCUGCUGGGUAUGCUGGUGUUCGGCUCUGGAGAACCGUCAAGGGAACUUCAGAGGGAUGGCGAUCACUGUCCUGGUCGAUUGCAUGCUUCUUCCCGGGUAUUGCAUUUGUUAUACUAACAGUGUUGAACUUCCUUCUCUGGAGCAGCAACAGCACUGGCGCUAUCCCGAUAUCAUUGUACUUUGAGCUCUUGGCUCUCUGGUUCUGCAUCUCGGUUCCUCUCACCCUGUUUGGAGGAUUCUUGGGCACAAAAGCAGAACAAAUCCAGUUUCCAGUAAGAACCAACCAGAUUCCAAGGGAAAUCCCAGAACGGAAAUACCCGUCAUGGCUUCUUGUCCUUGGAGCAGGAACACUUCCUUUCGGAACCUUAUUCAUAGAACUCUUCUUCAUCUUCUCCAGCAUUUGGUUAGGGAGAUUCUACUACGUGUUUGGUUUCUUACUCAUAGUUCUGCUUCUUUUGGUAGUCGUGUGUGCAGAAGUAUCAGUGGUCUUGACCUAUAUGCACCUCUGCGUGGAAGAUUGGAGAUGGUGGUGGAAAGCCUUCUUUGCGUCUGGUUCAGUUGCAUUGUACGUCUUUGCUUACUCUAUCAACUACUUGGUCUUUGAUCUGCAAAGUCUGAGCGGUCCAGUCUCAGCAAUGCUCUACAUUGGUUACUCUCUGCUUAUGGCGAUUGCGAUCAUGCUCGCUACUGGAACCAUUGGCUUCCUCACAUCCUUUUACUUCGUCCACUAUCUCUUUUCCUCUGUCAAAAUCGAUUGA